AUGAUUCACUUGUAUUCAAACACACUCAGUAGUGACAAUUUAAUACCGACUUUCAAAACGAAUCUCCUAAAACAUUCAACAGCCACGCUGUGUUUUCUUUCUGCGCAGCAAGAGCUGGUGUACUUCACUCUGAGUCGUGACGGCAGCGCUGGCCACACGGUGGCGCUGGAGCAGCUGUUGCAGCGCUGCAAUGAGACUCAGCAGUGGGUGAUGAGCGAGGCGCUGCUCUGCCCGACCCUCUGCAAACGUGUGCAGCUCUUCAAGAAAUUCAUCAAGAUCGCAGCACACUGUAAAGCACAGAGGAACCUGAACUCGUUCUUUGCUAUUAUUAUGGGUCUGAACAGUCCGGCCGUCAGUCGACUCACUCAGACAUGGGAGGUAGGAAGACAGAAAUAUACUACUGCAUAUCAAGAAGUGGCAGCGUUGCACUUGGAUUUCCAGCAUCAGUCUAUAUUUACACUGAACUGUUUUUAG